AUGGUGUCGAGGGCGCAUCGCAUGGGAGCCUCUCGGCCAAUCACGGUGGAGACACUGGCCAUGGCAGGCACGCUGGAAGAGCACAUGCUGCACAUUCUGCAGCGCCUGCCUGACAGUGGAGCGCAGGCGAAGCAGCGCCAAGCAAGGGAAGCCGUGGCGCGCAAUGCCAUUCUGCUGGCACUGAAGCUCGUCCGCACCGCCGACUCCUCCCUGCCCCUCUCGCCCUCCACAUCAACCUCGCCCGCCAAACCCCUCUCUUCCUCUCAACCCUUCUCCCCCGCCAACCCUCACUCCACCUCCCAACCCUUUUCCGCCACCAACCCCUUCUCCGCCCACCCCCUCGGUUCCCCUACCCCCCUGUCGUCCCGACAGUCUCUACCUCCCUCCAAUCUCUCACUCUCCCCUUCCUUCUCCCAGCCAACAACUUCCCUACAGCCUCCUGCCCCAGCCAGCCCUCUCACAGCCCCUCUCCCCCCAGACGCCCAGUCAACAGUCAAUAAGUGCAGCUUGUCUCUCACCCAAACCCCAUCCGGGGGUGGCCAGCACAGGUCAACCUUUUUGGUAGGCACAUGUGAGGGAGGUACAGGUGUUGCCAGAGAGGGUGUAUGUGAGGGAGGUAGACCUAGUGCCAGCAGUGAGGUUGCAGGGAACAGCACGGUUCCCCUUAUUGUUGGGGAUGACACAGCAGGCAGUGCAGCAAGGGUAGCGGAGGCACGGGCAGGGGGGAUGGCAGGGGCGGUUGCUGCUCACAAUUCACAUUCUUCUGUUGUUUGCAGCAGAGGGGAAGGGGUUAGUGGUGCAUUUGCAGGGCAGGCAGGAGAGGGUUCUUCUGCAAUGGAGAAUGGAGGCGCACGUGAGGAAGGGCAUGCAGAGGAAGAGGGGCAUCUAGAGGAGGAGGGACAUUUGAGAAAUGGAACGGAUAAGGAUGGUUGUGGAACAACAGAAAGGGGAGGCAGUGCUGCCAUGCAGCUCAAGGGGUCCACCAUUGAGGCAGCAGCAGCAGCGGAUGGAGUGGAAGGUAAGGCGAAUCGGAGAAGACGCAUGGUGCGGUUUGCAGAUGAAGGCACGCAACCGGAGCUGCUGGCUAGGGUGCUGAGACCAGCUGCUGAGUGA